GGGUGGGGGGCUCCAGGCACGCCACCGCCACUUCUCUGGCGCCGUGGGCUGGUGCUGCCGGUACGGGUCGGGGCGGAGAAAGUGGAGCAGCCCCGCCUGGCAAGAGGCCACCUGACAGCUGUGAACUGAACCCACGGCAAGGGCGGGUCAGAGGGAAGGCAGCGAAGCCCAAGUCCUUGUGAAACAGAGUGAAGUCCAGGAUGGAGUCAGGGAGAGUGUCUCAGCAUGGGGACAGGGGUGCAGAAGCUGCAGCAGAGGGGUCAUCUGUGUGCCUCCUGCUGUCUCCUGGUUGUCAGAAGAGCCCUGGGACAGGGAAGCAGGUGGAAUGAACCAUUUUGCCCUAUGGAUGGACAAACACAUUUUUUAUGAUCUCUUAAAACUGCGAACGUCAUACCCUGACCACAGCUGCCCCUCAGGGGACUGGCCUGGAGCCAAAGUCAGGUCAUCAGGCUGCUUGUCAAGGGUGGAGCCUCAGCCACUUGCCACUUUUCCUCAUGAGCCCUGCCUGGGUGUCCACCUGGCACUCCCACAGCCACGUCUCUUCGUCUCAGAGCAGCCCAACCCGGAGGCCUGGGCUUCAGAGAGAGCUCCAGGAGAGCUCAGUCCUGUGUGCUGCCUCCCCGACCCCAGGCGUAGAAGCGGAUGCAAGGCUUCCUUCUGGAGGAUUCAGCCCUGAGGGAAUACAGACAACGGGAUUUUUUAGGGCCACAGCUGUGUAUGCGUCUCUGUGCUGGUGGCUGCGUGCAGAUCCAAGAGAAGAAUCCCAAACCCGUCUUGUCCUCAAGUAACUCAGUGACAGGAAGAGGAGCAAAAAAUACAGGUUCUGCAAAGACUUGAAGAAAUUGACAAACCCGGAUGGCUACCCCUGACAGGAGAAUGGUCUCUAGACCCCAGAGACCUGGAAAGGGUCCAAAGGAAAGCGGGGCCUGCCUGAGUCCCCUGGACAACCUGGAGUGUAAGGAGACCCGGGAGCUGGCACCGGUAGAGCUGGCCAUGCUGAGCAAGGCACAGGAAUUCUUUCAGACCUGUGACACAGAAGGCAAGGGGUUCAUCGCCAGGAGGGAUAUGCAGAGGCUCCAUGAGGAGUUACCACUCAGCCUGGAGGAACUGGAGCAUGUGUUUGACGCCCUGGAUGCUGAUGGCAAUGGCUUUCUGACGCCAGAGGAAUUCACCACUGGAUUUAGCCAUUUCUUCUUCAGCCAGAAUAAGCCAGGUCACGAAGACGCAGGCGAGCAGGUUGAACGGCUCCAGGAAGAGAAGGUAUAUCAGUCCAGAGGGGAAGAACAUGCCGGCGGCAUGGAUGAAGAUGAGGAGACUCAGUUCCAAACACUGAUGGACAAACUUGGAGCCCAGAAGGUUUCCGAGGAUGAAAGUGAUAUCAAGCAAGUCUGGCUGCAGCUGAAGAAGGACGAGCCUCACUUACUGUCCAAUUUCGAGGACUUCCUGACCAGGACCUUCUCUCAGCUCCAGGAAGCUCAUGAAGAGAAGAAUGAACUGGAGUGCGCCCUGAAAAAGAAAAUUGCUGCUUAUGAUGAAGAAAUCCAGCAUCUCUAUGAGGAGAUGGAACAACAAAUCAAGCAUGAGAAGGAGCAGUUUCUCCUGAAAGACAUGGAGAGGUUUCAGGCCCGCAGUCAGGAGCUGGAGCAGAAGCUGUUAUCCAAGGAGCAGGAGCUGGAGCAGCUCAUCCAGAAGCAGCAGCAGCUGGAAGGCCAGUGCACCACCCUGCAAAAUGAUGAGCAUGAAACCAAGGCUGAGAACACCAAGCUGAGAGUCACAAACCAGGAGCUGGCCCGGGAGCUGGAGCGGACCUCCCGGGAGCUGCAGGAUGCCCGGAAACAGCUGGAGAGCCUCCAGCAAGAGGCCCACCAACUCCAGCAGGAGAAGGAGAUGGAAGUGUACCGUGUGACGGAGAGUCUGCAGCGUGAGAAGUCGGGGCUUCUGAAACAGCUGGAUCUCCUGAGGGAAAGGAACAAGCACCUUCGGGAUGAACGGGACAUCUGUUUUCAGAAAGAUAAGGCAGCCAAGGCAAACACAGCUGCUUCCAAGGCAAACUGGAAACAGAGAUCUGGCUCUGUGAUAGGCAAAUAUAUGGAUGGCAGAGGGAUUCUUAGGAGCCAGUCAGAGGAGGAAGAAGAUGUAUUUGGCUUCUCGAGGAGGAGAAGCUCCCUGGGCCUGAGUGGAUAUCCCCUUCCAGAAGAGGAGCCAGGACCUGGGGGUCCGCUCACCCGGGCAUUCCGCAGAAUCAUCUCUAUUGAAGAAGACCCCUUGCCCCAGCUCCUGGAUGGUGGCUUUGAGCAGCCACUGAGCAAAUGCCCAGAAGAGGAAAAGGUCUCCCAACAGAGGGCGGAAAGACAAAGCCAACAGGCCAGACCUUUGGAAUGCAUGCCUACAUCUCCUCGAGGGCAACCUAUUGGAAAAGAAGACCUGUCUAAGGAGGAAGCCUCUCCCUCCAUCCCAGACCGGCUCUUCAAAAUUGUGUUAGUGGGCAACUCGGCCGUGGGGAAGACAUCUUUCCUGAGGAGGUUCUGUGAGGACCGGUUUGCCCCAGGCCUGGCAGCCACUGUAGGCAUCGAUUACCAGGUGAAGAUGGUGCAUGUGGAUGGCUCGUACGUGGCCCUGCAGCUGUGGGACACGGCCGGGCAGGAGAGGUAUUGCUGUAUCACCCAGCAGUUCUUCAGGAAGGCCGAUGGUGUCAUCGUCAUGUAUGAUCUCACAGCCAGACAGUCAUUCCUGUCGGUCCGGCAGUGGCUGAGCAGCGUGGAGGAAGCUGUGGGAGACCGCAUUCCUGUUCUUCUGCUGGGCAAUAAAAUUGACAAUGAGAAAGAGCGGGAAGUUCCCCGAGGCCUUGGAGAGAAGCUUGCCAAGGAGAACAAUCUGAUCUUCUAUGAAUGCAGUGCCUAUUCCGGUCACAACACCAAAGAGUCCCUACUUCAUCUAGCCAGGAUCCUCAAGAAACAAGAAGAUACAGCAAGAGAGGACACCAUACAGGUUGACCGCUCUGCCAAAAAGAAAUCCUGCUGUGGCUGAUAGGAGUCCUCCUAGAACUGUUCCACCCAGGCCUGGGGUCCUAGGAGCUACCCUGAAUCCUGCACAUAGGCUCCCACUUGGAUGCCUCCACCAUAACCCGCCCAAACCUUUGUCUGUGUCAGUGACUUGCCUCCACCAACAGGAAGGGAAGCACAUCUAGUCAGGAAAGCUGCUCUUGGAGCAUUUUGAAAUCUUCUCUCUCUUCUCUCUCUAGACCCCAGAUGCCCAUUUUCCCCCAGCUUGGAUUUGUGGGGAAAAGAAACAGAUGGGAUUUUCCAGAAAAAUCACCACAUGCUUUCUCCACCUCCCUUCUGCUCCCCUUGCCCUUUGGAGCUGCAGCACUGUGGUUGCCAUGGCAACUGUGCAGGGCAGACUUGCUGCUUCCUGUAGGCCAAAGAUAAAGCACUUGGGCAGGGCCAGGGUAGUUGGUCUUCCCUUGGCUCCUCGGGACAUCAAUGGGAUGCUCUUGGCACAUGCUUCGUGGACCUUGAGAUGCCCACACAGGUUGAGAAAAGCAAGCCAGGGCACCCACAUUCUAUUCCACACCCCACCUCCAGGGGCCCUGCUUCUUGCCAGGCUGCAGAACCCAGCCUCUAAGCAGCCAGCAUGUCUACUGUAUUUGUUCCCUUGGGGUCUUGGGAACAGUGCCUUACAAGAAACCCACAGCCUUUUCUCUCAACCACCCACCCAUGACCCUGACUCCAGGGUGGACUGCGGGUGAUUUAAGUAUUAAGUGUGUGCCCAUGAUUAGGGAGAGGGCUUCCUUCCUACUUAACUUUCACUAAGAGAUGAAAAGAAAAUUAGGGGGGAAAACCCAUCUGCUGCUAAACAGAGCGACCAUUGCUGGAGUAUAAAUAAGGUAUACAUAGCUCUGUGAAAGCCAUUUUCCAAUGUUUCUCAAAAUAGCUCUUCGGAAAAUUGUACAUGAUGAUUAAUGGGAUAGAUUGACAUGCAGGCAGUGAGACCCAGCACCAGGUCCACAGUUACUGACUUCAUUUUAUUUUAGUUUAUUUUUCCAGAGGACUGUAUUACAAAAAAGAAAGUGAGGCUGUGGUGUUGACAUAUAGCUGGUGUUUAAGAAGUAAGCAGAGUAUAGCUAUAGGCUUCAGCAUCCCUGUGACUCUACCAGCACAGGGCACUCACAUUGAGGGGAAUGAUCUGGGCCCAUGUAUGGUUCCUUUGUCUGGGUAGUGGUGAGUUCCCAGCCCCAGCAGUGCUCCAGCAUCACUGGGGUGGAGGGUGCUGGUAAAGGCAUUCUCGCCCUGGGUGGGGAGCUUGGGUGAAAAGAUCAUAAAGAUCACUGCAUAUUACUGCUCUAGGGCUGCAGGCCCAGACCCACAGGGAAGUGAGUGGUACCCACACCCAAUCAGGACAUGUAAGAAGAGAGAGGAGCAGAAAGUGUCCACAGGCCUCCAAGAAGAUUCAAGACAACUGUGCACAGCCAGCCAGGCAGAAGAGAAUCCUCUGGUCAGAGUUCCCUGUAGCCUCCACCCCAGACUCCUAAAAGCAUCAGUGCCCUGUGGGUCACCAGGCAAGUGCCUGCCUCCUUUUCGUAGGCUUUUCUUUCCCCCAUUUAGUGCUUGGAGGCACCAGGGAGCCCACGGAGGGUGUAGAACAAAAGCCAGCACUAAGUACCAGGAGGUGCCCCAUGGUCUUGGGCAAGUCAGCUCCCUGCCUGGGCCCUCUUCCCAUCAGUAAAAUGAAGCAUGGGCUAUUCAACACUUCUGGCUCUUCCUGCUCAGAAUGCUUAUGAUGACAGUAGGGGCUCUGGCCCCUAGUCCAAAUUUGAAGGGAACUCACAGGAAAUUCCUUUCUCUAAGAGAGGGCACUGGUGAUGGUCUCAUUAGUGGGAUGCAGGGGAUCACCCAGAAGUAGCCCUCCAAUAUCUGUGUGGGUGUGUGUUGCUGUGUGAUUAUAUGUUAUGGGGAGGGUGCAGAAAGAGGGUAGGGAUAGCCAUAAAGAAAGCAAACCAACUCUCCUGCUUCUGAAAACAAAAAAGCAGAGAUGGCAACUGGAAUUUGUGGGUCAGGCAGGCUAUACCUGGAGUUGCCCAGCCCACACAUGCUUUUAUCCCCUAUACCUAGUCCCUGGUUUGGGGCUGCAUUUGUCCACUUCAGAAAAGUGCAUCUAGGGGUUACAGCAGGGUGGAGUGAUCUUAGUGCUGACCCACCAGGUAAACCCCCACAAAUCCUCAAAGGUCCAGGCAGAAAGAAGAGAGUAGGAAAGGUCUUUAGGCCCCUGCUGCUUCUUUUUCCAACUCCACUUGAGACAACUAUGCAUGAUGGCACCUCAGAGAGACUCUGAGAAAUUCUGUGUCCCCAGAUCAGAGCACCCCCCCUCUCCCCAUUCCUUUUAAGCUAUCAUGGUGAUCAAAGACACCCCAGUGGCUGUGAGCCUGUCCCAGGGCCUGGCAGAGUGCUGUCGGGGAAACCUCUGAUUCCAUCCCAUUUACAUUGCUAAAAUGGCCUUGAGCAAGUCACCUGAACAGGUUUAAUGUUUAGCUGUAGGUUGGAGGUUUCAAUGUCUACUUUCCAUGGAUAUUUUAAGUAUUAAAUGAGGCAAUGAAUGUGAAAUACUUAACGCAGUGCCCAGCACAUAAUAGGUACUAACAAGUACGGGCUAUUAUUGUUGUCAACAUUGAGUCACUGCCCAGGCCAUCAUUAGCCUUGCCUUAAUUUCAGACUUAGAACCAGCUAACACUAGUCAUGUACCCAUAAGUGAGGGCUUUCACAAAUACUACUUCAUUUGAGUACCCAAUUGCCCUGCUCAUUUGCCUGGCUUAUGAGCUUGUUUUCAGUAUUGCCUCUUGGCCCUGAUCUUUAUUGUUCCUGUGGGUUUCCUGGCUUUCCAACACCCAUAUCUUACCAGUGUCUGUGGUCUGGUUUCAACCCACAGUCCAUUCUGCUUCCCUCCCUGUGGUUCUCCAGGACUCAGACAGCAGCUCAGACCUGGUGCCAGGGUGUGUACCUAAGAAUGACCUGUGGUCAUCACAAUCCUUGGCCCCACAUUUUUCUCCCCUGUUCUGACUCCUUGUGCUCCUUCUGGUAUUUGCUGCUGCCCUCAGCCCCAAGUUGCCAAACCAAGAAAUUCAGCACCAAACCAAAGCCCUAGUUAUUUUGCUGCUUGUCUAGCAUUUGUCUUUCUUGACAGUCCCGGAAGUCUUUUCUGAUCCUCCGUGAUACACUAGCUUUCUUCCACCUCUCCCCAUCCUGUACUUUUCCUCUGUUCUUAACACUUCCACUCAAUCUUGGACUCCCCUUUUCCCUACUCUCCACACCCUGGGCCCACUCCAGGCCAUAACUGUAUGUUCUAUCAAAAAUAGCUCAACCUUUUGUCUCUGUCACUAGCAGUCAAUGCUCUAAAGGAGCUUAAACCAAUUUCAGCUAAGAUAUUAAUGCAAUUGGUGGUUUAAGGGCUGUGUAUAUACUUUAACAAAAAGUUAAAGGAGACAAAACUUUAUCUCAAGGGAAUAAAUUCCUAAUGGUCAUGGGGGUCAAAGAUUUAAGACAGAACUGCCUUCCCCUAACACAGUUUGCUUCAACCUAUUUCUAGGUUCAAAUAGGUUUAUAAUUGUUACAUCUUCUUUAUGAAUUGACCCUUUAUCAUUAUAAGGUGUCUUUCUUGCCUUUAGUAACAAUUUUUGUCUUAAAGUCUAUUUUGUCUAAUAUCAGUAUAGCCACACCAGCUCUCACUUUCUGCCUAUUUAUGCUUUUAAAUCUAAACUAAGGCUCUUGUAGACAGCAUGUAGUUGGAUUGUGUUUUUUUGGGGGGGGGGGAUUGCUUUUUGUUUUGUUUUUUAUUUUAGAAAGAGAGAGAGAGAGAGAGAGAGAGAGAGAGAGAGAGAGCACAUGAGAGAGAGAAGCAGAGGGAAAGAGAAAGACACAGGGCUCAAUCCCAUGAUCCUGGGAUCAUGACCUGGGCCAAAAUGAAGAGUGAGAUACUCAACCAACUGAGCCACCCAGAUGCCCCUCGAUUAUGUUUUUUAAUCUAUUCUUCCAAUCUCUGCCCUUUAAUUGGAGAGUUUGCUAUGUUUACAUUUAAUAUAAUGGGUAAAGUAAGAUUGAGUGUCUACCAUUUUGCUAGUUCUUUUCUAUAUUUUAUAUUCUUUGUUCUUCUGUUUCUCCAUUACUACUUUCUCUUGUGUUAAAUAAUUAAUUUCUAGUGCACUAUUUUAAUUACCAUUUCAUUCACUAUAUAUAUUUUAACUUAUUUUCUUGAUGACUGUCCUGUAAGUAACCAUUAAUAUCUCAAUUUAUAGCAAUCUAGUUUGGAUUAAUACCAACUUAAUUUCAAUACUACACAAAACUUUGCUCCUCUAUAGUUCCAUGCCCCCCUCUCAUAUGUUGUUAUUGUCACAAAUUAUAUCUUUAUACAUUUUGUUCCCAUCAACGUAGAUUUAUUGUUACUGAUUUAUGCAGUUCUCUUUUAAAUCAGAUUUUAAAAGGAGUUAUAAACAAAAAAUACAUUCAUACCAUUUUCUGUAUUUAAUUACAUAAUUAUUUUUACUAGUGCUCUUUUUUUCUUCACGUUGAUUCAAGUUACUAUCUAGAGCCUUUUCACUUCACCAAUAUUUCUUAUAGAAAAAAUCCCUCUCGGUUUUGUUUACAUGAAAAUGUUGAUUUAUCCUUCAGUUUUGAAGGAUAGUUUUGUCCGAUUUUGAACUUCUGGUUGACAGCGUUUUUGCCCCUUUGCUACUUUGAAUAUACCAUUCCUAGUUUCUGGCCCCCAUGGUUUCUAAUGAGAAAUUACCUGUUAAUCUUAUUGAAGCUCUUUUGUGUAUGUUGAAUUGCUUUUGUUUUGCUGCUUUCAAAAUUCUUAUUUUUUUGGCUUUCAACAAUUUGAUUUUGAUGUGUCUAGCUGUAGGUCUUUUUGAGUUUAUCCUACUUGGAGUUUGUGUAGCAUCUUGGUUGGUUUCCAUCAAAUUUGGGGAGUUUUUGGUCAUUAUUUCCUUAAGUAUUCUUUAUACCCUUUUCUCCUUCUCCUUUCCUUCUCCUGUAAUGCAUAUGUUGGCAUGCUCGAUGGUGUCCCACAGGUUUCAGAGGUUUUGUUCAUUCUUUUCUUCAUUGUUUUUUGUGUUCUUCAGACUGCAUAAUCUCACUUGCCCUAUAUUCAAGUUCACUGAUUCUUUCUUCUGCAUGCUGAAAUAUGCUAUUGGGACCCUCUAGUGAAUUUUUUUUUCCAUUGUACUUUUCAACUUCAGGAUUUCUAUUUGGUCCUUUUUAUAAUUUGUAUAUCUUUAUUGAUUCUCUCUAUUUGGUGGGAUUUUGUUCUCAUGAUUUCCUUUAGUUCUUUAGACAUGGUUUCCUUUAGGUCUUUGAACAUAUUUAAGUAACUCACUUAAAAUUUCAAAGACCUCACAUUAGUAGCCACCUGCACUGUGUACAAAUCAAGUUCUGCUUGGCAGUCGUUGCUUCCUUCCUCAUACUUCACACAACAUAGCCAGAACUUGUCUCAUUCCUUAACCCAACCUCAAACCUCCUACCUACAACCUUACCUGACUUCAGGAUUGGAGGAAGGAUAUGAAACUCAAAAGUCUUUCAGAUCUGAGAAUUGUCCCCUCCACCUUGAGCUCCUUCAUGUCCUGCUGGAGAUGUACUGCCCAAGGAAGUGUCCAGCUCCUGGAGGAAGUGACGGGAGGCCAGAAAUCCUCAGGCAGUGUUUUCUUUCCUGCCAGGAAUCCAGACAUUCCAUAAAGCUUCACUCAGAAGGGAUGGGGGGUGGGAAGGGAGGAACUACAGAUCAGAAGUGUUUAAUUACUUCAAAAUAAUGAAAUCACAGUACAUAAGCAUACAGAAGCAAAGAUUUAAGCAACUUCUUGGUGACUGGGCUUAGGAGCACUGUCACCUCUCCUCCCAUUAUUACAAAGCCCAGCCAAGUUUAGUCAAAAAUCUAUAGGAUUUUACUUUAUUAGUUAUUUCUUCCCUUCUUAUCUGGUGUGUGUGUGUGUGUGUGUGUGUGUGUGUGUGUGUCAGGGUGAGGGGUAGGGAUGAUGAGGGGUAGGGGUAGGGUUGCCAGGAUGUAGGAUCUUUCUAAACCUUCCCCACUUCCUAACUUUAUUAAUGUUUCUAUUAAUAACUAUGUUAAUUAUCCACAGUAACAAACAUCAUAGCUCCAACUUUCACACAAUUCAGUGGAGCCAGUUUCAGUGAAGUGGCCUACUUAGGAAGAACCUUCCUGGAAAUGAUGGGGGUUGGGAAACCAUAUGGUGCUUGGCAGAGGACCUGAAAUCAAUGUAGAAGCUGAGAAGCAUUGGUAAGGCUGUGUCAUUUAUCAUCCUGGAGUAGGACUGAGUCAAGUCCAAGAACUGACCCUCUCUCAGGGCUGGAACUUCAUCAGCACUUUGGGUCUGAUUCAGAAGUGGUACUUGCACUCUGUUGACAUAGCAGUAGGAGACUCCCAGCAAAUGAGGACUCUUCGGGCCAUGGAGGUCUGUGCGAUCAUAAUGAAUUAUGACUGGAUCCAUCUGACCUAUAAAAGUAAAUACUACCCAUAAAAACACUGCAUUACUCAGCAAAAAUCCCCAAAGAACAGGGGCAGAAGGAAUGGGAUUUUUUUUAACUUGGAAUUGAAACAUGUAGAGCUCAAGGAACCUCAUAAUGAAUUUGAGUAACAUGACUGUGGAACUAGAAUUCACUGAGCAUGUGUAGCGCCAGGUCAAGGACAGAGUGUCAGGGUGUGAUUUAACAUCCAGUCCAUAGGCACCCCCAGGCCAUUCUGUAAUGAUACUGUGUUGUGCUUAUUUAUACACACUACCCACAGGGCUCUGAUAAGUGAAAUGUGCUGGACUGAGCUCCCGAGGGCAGAGGCAUUAAUCUCUGCCUCAUGCUUGGCACAGUGUCUGGCAAACAGUGUUUGCCUUAUAGGAGCAGUUGAGAACAGAGCAUCAUUUAUCAAGAACAAGGCCCACCACUUGGUGAGCCACUCCACUGGAGCCCCAGUUCCCAGAAGCUGGGUGACUGGGUCCCUGUGGUCUGUAGACCCAUGGGUUGCCUUGCUGGUUCAAAUGAGCUGCUGCUUCUGGCACUCAAAACAGUGCUGAGAACUAUUCCAGCUGCAGUGAUUCAGUUGCAUUUCAGACAGUGUGAUGCCCAUCAAAGCAUUCCAUCUCAUCACCCUGCAGCCUCCCCAGCUGUUGCUAGUAGCAAUCCAUUACCCUCAGGCAGCUCAACAACUCAAUUUGACUUGGGCUCCAUGCCUCUGUGCAUAAAAGAUGCUUCCCUGCCUGACUCUCUUCCUUCCUGGUAUGGAAUGGGCCAUCUUUACCCAGGCUGUGCCUCUCCCAAAUGUUUUCUCUAACCCCUGAAGACCUGCUCAGAAUAAGAACCCGUACACAAGUUGUGUGGCCUUAGGCAAAACCUGGAACUGCGUGGUGCUCUGAGCCCCAGCUUCCACAUCUGUAAAGUAGUGUUCUCUGUCUUACUGUCUGCUAGUGUGAAGGUCAAAUGAGAACUCUGGGAAAAGGGUUUAGUCAACUGAGAGGCUCUAGACAAAUGUUAGUUAUUACAUCAUCAUCUAUCUGCCUGUGCAAGAGUCCAAAACAAAACAAAAUAAGAAAGAAAGCCACACUUCUUGGUAACUGGGAGAAGCUGAGACCUCAGGUUAGAGCAUCUCCUAUUUCCCUGGGCUAGUAGAAUAGGGAAAACUUGCAUUCCUUCAAGGUACAGACCUCUAAGAAUGUUUUGUAUCUUUCCAUUCUGCUUUGUGGUGGGACGGGGGCCCAGCAUCCAGGCUGCAAGGUCCUCACUGGCAGGGUUCUGGUCUCAUCCAAUGUUUUUAUUACCUAAUAGACACUAGGUGUGGAUGUGUAGAUUUGUUGCUGAGUCAAGACUUCAGAUCGUGUACUCUUAAUUGAACCACCUUUAAAUAUAUGGUUUGUAGACACUUUCCCUUUGGGACAGUAAAAAGCUCUGGAGUUGGAGGGGAGUGCGGUUGCACACAAAACUGUGACUGUGUUCAGUGUCACUGAAUUGUAUGUUUGUAAAUGGUUAAAUAGUAAAUUUUAUGUUUUGUGUAUUUUGCCACAAUACAAUUUUUUUCAGAAAACA